AUGUAAAUACUCAGAGUUUGUAAAGAUUUUGAUAGCAAAGUUAAGGAAAAUGAUAAAUUUAUACAAUACAAUUAAUUUAGUAAAUAGAUUAUAUAAUCAUUAUAAUUGAUGCAUUUGUGGCUCUAGGAGGUGAAUCAGAUGAGAGUGAAUAUGUAAAUUAAAAUAAAAUUAUUGGAAUAUUAUCAGAUGAAUUGAAUUUUUAUAUUGAUAUUGAUGAAUUAUUAGAAUAACUUGAAAUAUCAAAAGAAAGUUUAGAUUUUUAAAUAUUUUUUAGAUUAUUUAGAGCAAAAAAUAAAAAUUCAAUAAAGCAAAAUAAAAGUUUAUUAUCAAUAUUAUUUUAUAUUAAUUUUAAAAGCUUUUAUCUCAUCGAUCCUUAAGUCAAAGAUCUACUUCUAGUAUUUCAACAGUAAAAAUUAAAUUGA